AUGUUUAGAGUUUUAGGAGCGCUUACCGGUACCGGAGGCCCGGCUAAGCUCGAUCAGGAGGAACAAAGCGAGAAAAUCUUGAGCCAGGCGCAUGAUUUUGAAGUGGCACUUCAGGCGAUGGACUAUGUCCUAGAUGACCACCCUGGCAAAGGUUUGCAACUGCUUGAAGGUUCUGGCGCCAAGCCAAAGAAUGAAGAAGACCAGUGCGUCAGGGUUCUGGCGCGUGGUGUCAUUGAAUUUUUGGAGGCAACUUUGGGCUUUGAAGCUUCUGUGAUGAAGAAAGCAGCUGCGACGUUAUCCGAAGCUCAGCAAUUGUCAGCGAAACGUAGGCAGCAGUUUCAAAAAAUGGGGCUUAAGACAAGCUCCCUUUAUCCACCAGGAACUGAAUACGCUGUGACCUUCGCGGAAGCUUGUUUGUUGCACGCCCUUUUGAUGCUUUUCAGCGAAAGCAUGGUGGAAAGUGCCAAAGCACUUUUCAAGCUCAGAAAGGCUUACCACAUGCUUCGCGAGAUCCUUAACGACAUAAAUGCAGCGAAGAAGAAGAAAGGAUCAGCUAUGUACGCCCAAGGAAACAACGAAUCUUUUGCGUCUUUUGUGUCUGCUGAUUCUUCAACUUUCAAGUCCGUGGAUAUUCCCUACAGCUUGAGCACGGAGGAACAGCAAAAUAAAGAGCUGAUGGAACUGGCGGAAAACGUUUACAAUAUGCGCAAGAAGAGAUUAGAGGGAGCUCACAUAGGAAAUUCACCUGCUAUUGAAAGACUUCGGACUGAUCUUGGUAUUCAAGCUUUAAAGGAUUUACCCAAAAAAAAAGAGGCCAAAAAGCCGGUAACGCUAUCAAAGGCCGAGAUUGACAAGGACCAAGCCACUAUAGACGAGUUCAUUCAUUCAGGCGUCAACCUUUGUUUUGGAAUUUUGCAGGUUGUUUUAUCACUCAUUCCACCGGCAAUCGGUGCAGUUUUAUCCGUUGUCGGAUUCCAUGGCUCCAGAGAAGAAGGCUUGAGGCUUGUGUGGCGGUCUACAAAGGACCGCAACAUCCACGGCGGGAUUGGUUUGCUCGGUCUCCUGUUCUACUAUGACGGUCCCUUCCAGUUCACUGACGUAGACUUUGACGUCCCAGCAACAAGCGAUGGGCUCAAGAAGACCUCUUCAAAUGAUCUAGACAAUUCAACUCUUUUGCAUCCGGGCAAAAUGCUAGAAGAUGCACUGCUGCAAGCGAGAGCUCUUUUCCCCAAUAGUGCGCUGUGGUUGCUGCAAGAAGCAAGAAUGCUUUCGUCUCGUGGCAGGUUACAAGAAGCUGUUGACUUAAUGGAUUCGAUUGAUGUUAGUGGCAUAGAAAUGAAGCAAGUCCGAGCCCUGAUGAUUUUUGAUCGCGCCAUGACGCUCGUUCACUUGCAUGAAUUUGAAAGAGCCGCCGAAGACCUUCUUUCCUUGCUUGAUAUCAAUGAAUGGUCGCAUGCUCUCUAUACUUACUUUGCCGGCUGCUGCUAUUUGGAAAACUAUAGAAUGUGUCAGAUGGGGCUUAUGGAGUACUCAAGAAUAGACUUCUUUAAAGAGCGUGCGACUACACUUAUUUUUGAUGCACCCAACAUGUUGAGUAGAAAGAAGUUUAUGUCCAAAAAUCUUCCGUUAGACCGCUUCAUGCUUAGAAAGGUCGAACAGUUCAAGAAAUUCCAAUCUCAACUUCAGCUCCAAGAUCCUCUUGACGCCAUUGGUGUUUCGCCCGUGCAUGAGCUGACAUAUUUCUACAACGGAUACAACAGGAUGACGGAAGAUUGCUUAAAAUUAUCGCACAAACUGUUGACUGAGUACCACAACCCCACGAUUGAUGCAAAAGAGCCAAACCAAGAACUUGUCAAAAAUUUGCUGACUUCGUUAACUUCUCGCAGGCUGGGUAAAGUGCAAGAGGGCUGUGACAUGUUAGAUAAAAACGUUCUCCCUCAAAUUAUCACCCUGCAGCCGGAUGGCAAAGUCAAGUACAUAAAGAAGACUGAAGAUCCAUGGGCUUACCCAACAGCACUUUACGAACGUGCGCUUUUCACUUGGAAAUUGAAGGGUUUGGACGGGCUCGAAGAGUGCAAGAUGUGGCUUACGAGGGCCCAAGAUUAUGCUGAUGACUAUGAGCUUAGCGCGCGGAUAGGCAUGAAGAUCAAGGCCGCCAUCGACCGACUUGAAGGUUAG